AUGGGUGAUAAAAACAAGUAUCAAGAGGAUUCAAGAGAUAUUGAUCCGGUGGAAAUGCAUACCGAUGGGAAAACUUGUGAGAAUUCCAGUGACAUUGAUUCCGAAGAUAAACACUCUGAUGAAAAACCAUGUCAGAAGUUUAGUGCUACUCAUCCUGUGGAAAUCCAUACUAAAGAGAAUCCAUGUCAAAGUUCCAGUGAUACUGAUCCUGUAGAAAUGCAUACUAAAGACAAAACAUUUCAGAAUUCUAGUGCUCCUGAUCUUGUGGAAAUACACACUGAUGAGAAACCAUGUUUGAGUUCCAGUGACACUGAUUCCGAAGAUAAACACUCUGAUGAAAAACUAUGUCAGAAGUCUAGUGCUACUCAUCCUGUGGAAAUCCAUACUAAAGAGAAUCCAUGUCAAAGUUCCAGUGAUAUUGAUCCUGUAGAAAUGCAUACUGAUGAGAAACCAUGUCAAAGUUCCAGUGAUACUGAUCCUGUAGAAAUGCAUACUGAUGAGAAACCAUGUCAAAGUUCCAGUGAUACUGAUCCUGUAGAAAUGCAUACUAAAGACAAAACAUUUCAGAAUUCGAAUGCUUCUGAUCUUGUGGAAAUACACACUGAUGAGAAACCAUGUCUGAGUUCCAGCGACACUGAUCCUGCAGAAAUAGACGAUAAUGAAAAGAAAAAAAGAAAAGUAUGCAGAAAGAAACAGAAAGAAUACAAAUGUGAACUUUGUGCAAAAAUGUUUUUUCAAAAAACUCAUUUAAGGAUACAUAUAAGGGUGCAUACAGGUGAGAAACCAUUUGUAUGCAAGCACUGUGGAAGGAAGUUUGGAGAAAAGGGUAGUCUGACUAGACACAUAAGACUACAUACUGGUGAACGACCAUAUCCCUGUAAGUACUGUCAUCUGACUUUUGUCGAGAGCGGUACUCUGAGAAUUCAUGAGCGUGUUCACACCGGUGAAAAACCAUACAAUUGUGAGGUGUGUCCAGCGACAUUUGCUGAGAAGGGUACUUUGAGAAAACACAGGAGGGUUCAUACUGGUGAGAAGCCUUACAACUGCCAAGAAUGUGGUAUGCGUUUUAAUCAGAAGUACUCUAUGAUAAUUCACAUGAGAAAGCAUACAGGUGAGAAGCCGUAUCUAUGCGAACACUGUGGAAAGAAGUUUGCUGAGAAAGGCCAUCUUAUGAGACAUAUGAGAAUACACACUAGAGAGAAACCAUAUUUAUGUGAAUUGUGCGGUAAAUGUUUCACUCACCUUUGUAAUCUCAAAAGGCACAUAACCACACAUGCGUCGGCAUAAUUUGUUUUCAAAUUGUAAGUUGUAACUAUUGAUCUUGCUAGAAACUACUGUGUUUCACUAAAUACUAUUACCAUAGUUUUGAUGUUACACCUGGUAAACAAGGUAAUAUUCUUACAGUGCUGUGUCUCAGCAGGUGGAUCACUCAUUAUGCUUAGAUAUAUUAUGGGAUGUCUGGAAUGAUUUCAGUAACAAUUGGCACAAAGACGUAACAUCAAAGUAGCCAGGCUACGUGAUACAACUUAUGAUUGCUGAUUAGUGGCCAUUUUAUAGUACUAAAAUAUACAAAGUUAGUGCAUUUCUGCCAUUCUGAACCUGGAUCUCUGGCUGCAUAGAUGGAUUUUGUUUGAUAUAUGAAAUUCACCAUGUUGGACAUUUUAUUUUUCAAAAUUUUAGGACCAAUUUCUAUAGACUUUUGGAUGUGCAGUAAAUAGAAAUAGAAAUGGUAUCACAUGAAAUUUGUUAUUCUAUUAAAGGUAACAGUACAGUAGUUGACUUACAUGGGUCAUAUAUGUUUAGUAAGGCUUAUACAAUUAAUUGUAAACAAGUCAGUUUUCAUUCUGUGAUUGUUGUCUAUUUGGAAUGUCAAGUGUUGUGUGCA